CCCAUAAACUAUCUAUAGAGAGAACUGAGUUGGGAGUCUUCUGUUCGUCAACUGCACCAAUGGUCAUGGAACCUCUGCUCAAAAUCGCAGUGCUCUUUCUCUUCCUCCAUCUCUCCAUUCUCGUUAACUCAUCUCCUUCCCAACACCUUCAGAUCAUCAAUGCCGAACGCAGGAUUGACCUCAAUUCUCACAUUAUUAAGGUGUACUUGACAUUGAAGGUUGAAAACUCAGGCACUUCUCCUACUUCAGAAGUACAUCUUGCUUUUUCACCUGCUGAAGCCGAACAUCUUGCAGUAGUCAAAGCUGCAGCAACUACCGGGAAGAGGAAGAAGAAGACUUAUGUUCCUCUUGAUGUUAAAUCCGCUGAGAUACCUGAUGGACCAAAUGGAACUAAAUUUUUCGUUAUAACCUUGUUAACUCCACUCAAUAAAGGUGAAUCAAUAACACUUGAGGUGCUUUACAUAUUGACACAUUCUCUGGAACCUUUCCCAGUAGAAAUUAGUCAAUCAGAGUCGCAGUUGGUCUAUUUCCGUGAUAGUGCAAUAUUAUUGUCUCCCUAUCAUGUCAAGGAACAGACAACUUUCAUCAAAACACCAAGUGCUCGGGUAGAAUCAUUCACAGUAGUGGAGCCCGCUAAACGAGCUGGUUCAGAGCUAAGAUAUGGGCCAUAUGGCAGUCAUACCCCGUAUUCAUAUUCUCCUGUGCUUGUUCAUUUCGAAAAUAACAAUGCCUUUGCCGUUGUCGAGGAGCUGGAGCGUGAAAUUGAAAUAUCUCACUGGGGAAGCAUACAGAUCACAGAGCGAUAUAAACUGGUUCAUGCUGGUGCUAGACACAAAGGUGUUUUUUCAAGAGUUGAAUAUCAAACUAGAUCAGGUGUUAGUGGUGCUUCUUCAUUUAAAAGUCUUCUUGCAAAACUACCCCCCAGGGUUCAUUCAGUAUACUACCGGGAUGAAAUUGGCAAUAUUUCCUCUUCACAUCUACGUACAGAUUUUCUAAAGUCAGAACUUGAAUUUGAGCCUCGAUAUCCUCUAUUUGGAGGCUGGAAAUCCACCUUUCUCAUUGGUUAUGGGCUACCAUUGCAAGACUUCCUUUUUGAGUCUCCGGACGGCAGAAGAUACCUCAAUUUUACUUAUGGUUGCCCUCUUGCUCAGACCGUGGUUGACAAGUUGAUUAUAAAGGUUGUGCUUCCAGAGGGAUCCAAAAAUCCUGCAGCCGUGAUUCCUUUUCAAGUAGAUCAACAUCUGGAGACCAAGUAUUCAUACCUUGACAUUGUGGGAAGGCCUGUGAUGGUUCUAGAAAAGAGAAAUGUUGUUCCUGACCAUAACAUCCCUUUCCAGGUAUACUACAAUUUCAACCCUAUAUUCAUGCUUGCUGAGCCAUUGAUGCUGGCAUCUGUUUUUUUCCUGCUUUUUGCGGCGUCUGUGGCAUAUUUACAUAUGGAUAUUUCCAUCCGCAAGUCAUGAACAUCUCUAGCUAGUUUUCUGAAAGGCGGCACGGGACUGAGCAGAUCAACCAUUUUGGCAAUACUGUAUGAAGUUUAGCAGUUAUAGUUUUGCUUGUUUGUAAUAUUCCCCCCCCCCCCCCCCCCCCCCCCCCCCCCCCCGGCAAUUUGAUCUUAUGCCAUGUUUCUAAACUAGUGAUGAACCAUUACUUCCAUUUAAGAAACAUAGAAUAUGGUAGUUGAGGAAGAAACUUACAUGAUGUUUUUUCCAGGUAUUAGAAAUAUUAUAACUUUAUACUUGGUAAUCAAUACACGAACUGAAAUUAAACAAGAUCUCUUACAUGAUCUUUCCUCAU